CGGAGGCCGCAUAGAUACAACAGAUUUCAAGCGAGAAAGAUCAAACUGAAAACAACCAUUCGGCUUUGAGCAUACUGAAGGAAAUGACCGCCACCACUAUGGGGCACAGCAACGUGGAGAGCGUUUCUAGUUCAAAAGAACAGAGAAAGCUCAGAAAGCCGCUGAUUGAAAGAAAAAGACGCGAAAGAAUCAACACUUGCUUGGACCAGCUGAAAGAAGCGGUAGUUGGCGCCUUUCGUCUUGAUCAAUCAAAGCUGGAAAAAGCUGAUAUCCUUGAAAUGACAGUGAAGCACCUGCAGAAUAUUCAAAACAAUCAAAUGACGACUGAUUCGACUGUGGGUCUGGAAGCACAGCAGAGGUACAGCACAGGCUAUAUCCAGUGCGUCCACGAACUCCACAACCUGCUUCUAACGUGCGAGUGGAUGGACAAGACACUGGGGGCCCGUCUGCUUAACCACCUGCUUAAAUCUCUGCCACGAUCCAAACAGGAGACGUGCACGUCAGCCCUGAGACCUUCUACCCCAGUCACUCCCUGCUGUCACCCUCACCACCCCCAGGGCUCCCCCGUGUCAUGCGGAACGGCGACUCCGGCUCCAGACCAACACUUUGGCGGCUGUUUUGUCAGCUUUGCGGAAGACGUGGCGUCAGAGAACACCGAGCCCGCGCCCGACUACCCACCAGGAGCCAUGCAGGCUCAUCGCCUGUUUUCCAGCCCUCGUUUGGGCUCGCUGGAUAUGUGGAGGCCAUGGUAAUAGAGGAAUGCGAACUUUUCUUGUUCUGCACGUUCUAGACUCGUCUUACUUUAUGUAUCUUAUAGAUAUGCUUCUCGGGACUCUUGUGGGGCUGUAUUGUUCCAGUAGGCGCAUUAAGACCCUGGUUACUUCAAGUAAACCACCACGUUUAGCCUGCAUUGUAGAAGGCUAUUAUUUGUUUAUUUAUUGAAAUAACUAAGUUAUUAAAUAGAGACAUUCUCUCUGGCUUUUCUUAGGUGUUAAAUGAUUAAUGUAUAAUUAAUUUGUAUAUGCUUUCUUUUCUUUCUUGUCUACGAUUUUAACGUUUUAAC